CCCGAGGGUGCUCGCUGGAGAUUGCAAUCAGCUUGCGUCAUUGUGGAACAAAGUAUUUAGCAUUACAUCUGCAGAGUGCUGAGACUCGUCAGUCCGCGGGGAGCGAGGGAAUACCUCGUUAAACGUGAAAAGGGAAGUUGUCAGUGGGUCUCAGACCGAGACUGGGGGCAUGCCUUUCUGGUGGGGUAGCUGACUGCACGUUUGAACAUGACGUCCAAUUUCCAGCGGUUACCCCGUCCUCUGAAGAAAGCGCAGCAGCUGGCUAGCUGCAGGACCGUGAGGAUCGCUGUCCUGGGUCAGGGAGCUGUGGGUAAAACCGGUAAGCUGCCGAUCUCCCGCAGAGCCUCCAUCCGCCGGCGUGACCCUCUUACUGAGCGGGGAUUCCGUUCUCCUGCAAACGCCAUCACAGUUCGCUUCAUCACAAAGAGGUUCAUUGGGGAGUAUGAUCCGACCUUGGAAACAAUAUACAGACACGUGUUCUCAGUGGACGGAGAGUGUGUGCAGUUUGAAGUUCUCGAUACCGCUGGACAGGAAGAAGACACGAUGUUAAUUGAGGAAAAGAUCAAGUGGGCGGAAGGCUUUAUCAUCGCCUACUCGGUGACAGACCGUUGCAGCUUUGACGAGAUUCUCCGACUUCGGUUCUUGAUCCGUCACAUCCACUCCGGCCUGAAGCGGCAUCAUGGUGAUGCACUGCCCCCGGUGGUGAUUGUCGCCAACAAGAAGGACCUCCAGUAUGACCGGAUGGUCACCACGGAAGAGGGCAGCAGCAUUGCCCAGGCACUCAAGUGCCCAUUCUUCGAGAUCUCAGCCCGGGACAGUUAUGAAGAAACCGUGGCUGUCUUCAGCCUGCUUUACCGGGAGGUGGCCAGCACUGGAGCCCUGUCUGCCUUCCGACGGAAGGUCUCCUCUAAACUGAUGGACAAAAUCCCCAGAAUCCACUCAACAGCCACCACAAGCCUGUCCGUGCGGAGUUUCAGCCUGAGUUCAGUCAAGGAUUUCUUAACCGAUUAACUGCAUUCCUUUUGCGAUUUUCAACAGCCCACUGCUCCAAGAACAGUUCUACUUCUCAGCUGUGUAUUGUCCCUUUCAACCCCCCCAUAUUGCCAGAGACUUCUGUAACUCUAUAUUCCGACAAGCUGAGAGAUUGUGCUAAUGGGUGCAAUGCUGGAGGGACUCAGACAACCAGGCAGCGUUUAUGGAAAGCAGUCUGUUUCGGGCUGAGACCCUUCAUCAGGACCCACUGCUGAGAGAUUCUGAAUAUUGGGAAACCAAAAUCAUCAUCUUCAGUUCCGAUGAAGGCCUUCAAUGCUACCCGACUCUCAAUAUUACAGCACAGUAACGUGCAGUAUUCAGUAGGCCCUUUGGCUCACAAUGUUGUGCUGACCUUUAAACUUUAAAAGUAAUCUAACCCUUUCCUCCCUCAUAACCCUCUAUUUUUCUAUUAUCCAUGUCUGUCUAAGAGAUUCAUAAAUGUCCCCAAUGCAAUUGCUUCUACCACCACCCCGGCAGUGCAUUCCACACACAUAUACUGUGUAAAGAACCCACCUCUAACUUCCAAGUGACCUUAAAAUGAUGCCCCUUAAAGUUAAAAUUAGCCAUUUCUGCACUGGGGAAAAAAAUCUGGAUAUUCACUCUAUCUACACCCAUUAUCAUCUUUACUCUUAUCAAGUCACCUCUCACCCUACUUCAUUCAAAGGGGGUGGGGGGGGGGGGGGAGAGGGACCAGAACUGAACACAAUAUUCAAAGUGUGAUCAAACCAGGGUUUCACUGAGCUGCAGCAUUACCUUGUGGCUCUUGAUCUCAACCCCCAACUAAUGAAGGCUAAUACACUUUGUGGCUUCUGAUCUCCAGCAUUUUCUAAUUUUAUUCCCUAAUCUUCAGCAGCCAGUAGAACCACCAUCUCCAUCCCUGCUCCUUUAUCUGGCAUGAUGUGGCAAUGCUCCCAUGAAGCCUUCAGGCAUAAAAACGUGCAAAGCCAAACCUUUGUUGCCACAGUAAGAUCAUGCAUACAAACUAUUGAAUGGGAGGGUGCAUGACUUAUUCAAGCAUGGCCUCAUUAUUGUCACUGCAUUGGCUCCAGACUAAUACAUAGAGGUACCGUCUAGAGAAUGAGCAGUGUUGGAUCUCCUGUUAGGGAAUGAGAUAGGUCAGGUGACAGAGGUAUGUGUUGGGGAGCACCUCGGGUCCAGUGAUCACAAUACCAUUAGUUUCAAUAUAAUUAUGGAGAAGGAUAGGCCUGGACCCCCAGGGUUGAGAUUUUUGAUUGAGAAAAGGCCAACUUUGAGGAGAUGUGAAAGGACUUAGAAGGAGUGGAUUGGGACAAUUUGUUUUAUGGGAAGGAUGUAAUAGAGAAAUGGAGGUCAUUCAAAGGUGAAAUUUUGAGGGUACAGAAUCUUAAUGUUCCUGUUAUGUUGAAAGGAAAGGUUAAAAGUUUGAGAGCACCAUGGUUUUCAAGGAAUAUUGGAAACCUGGUUCUGAAAAAGAGGGAGAUCUAUAAUAAAUAUAGGCAGCAUGGAGUAAAUGAGGUGCUCGAGGAAUAUAAAGAAUGUAAAAAAAAUCUUAAGAAAGAAAUUAGAAAAGCUAAAAGAUACGGAAGGUGAAAAUAAAUCCGAAGGGUUUCUACAGUUAUAUUAAUAGCAAAAGGAUAGUGAGGGAUAAAAUUGGUCCCUUAGAGAAUCAGAGUGGACAGCUAUGUGUGGAGCCGAAAGAGAGGGGGGAGAUUUUGAACAAUUUCUCUUCUUUGAUAUACACUAAAGAGAAGGAUAUUGAAUUGUGUAAGGUAAGGGAAACAAGUAGAGAAGUUAUGGAAACUAUGAUGAUUAAAGAAGAGUAAGUAUUGGCACUUUUUAAAAAAAUAUAUAAGUGGAUAAAUCUCUGGAUCCUGACGGGAUAAAGCAGGGGCUCUGACAGAAAUAUUUCAAAUGUCACUAGAAACGGGGAUGGUGCCGGACGAUUGGCGUAUUGCUCAUGUGGUUGCAUUGUUUAAAAAGGGUUCUAAGAGUAAACCUAGCAAUUAUAGGCCUGUCAGUUUGAUGUCAGUGGUGGGUAAAUUAAUGGAAAGUAUUCUUAGAGAUGGUAUAUAUAAUUAUCUGGAUAGACAGGGUCUGAUUAGGAAUAGUCAGCAUGGAUUUGUGCGUGGAAGGUCAUGUUUGACAAAUCUUAUUGAAAUUUUUGAAGAGGUUCCAAGGAAAGUUGACGAGGGUAGGGUGGUGGAUGUUGUUUAUAUGGACUUCAGUAAGGCCUUUGACAUGGUUCCGCACGGAAGGUUCAAUCGUUAGGUAUUAAUAUUGAAGUAGUAAAAUGGAUUCAACAGUGGCUAGAUGGGAGAUGCCAGAGAGUAGUGGUGGAUAACUGUUCGUCAGGUUGGAGGCCGGUGACUAGUGGUGUGCCUCAGGGAUCUGUACUGGGUCCAAUGUUGUUUGUCAUAUACAUUAAUGAUCUGGGGUGGUACAUUGGAUUAGUAAGUAUGUAAAUGAUACUAAGGUAGGUGGUGUUGUGAAUAAUGAAGUAGGUUUUCAAAGUUUGCAGAGAGAUUUAGGCCAGUUAGAAGAGUAGGCUGUGUGAUGGCAGAUGGAGUUUAGGUCUUUAUUCUUUGGAGUGUAGAAGGUUGAGGGGGGACUUGAUAGAGGUGUUUAAAAUAAUGAGGGGGAUAGAUCGAGUUGACGUGGAUAGCUUUUUCCAUUGAGAGCAGGGGAGAUUCAAACAAGAGGAUAUGAUUUGAGAGUUAGGGGGCAAAUGUUUAAGGGUAACACAAGGGGGAAUUUCUUUACUCAGAGAGUGGUAGCUGUGUGGAAUGAGCUUCCAGUAGAAGUGGUAGAGGCAGGUUCGGUAUUGUCAUUUAAAGUAAAAUUGGAUAGGUAUAUGGACAGGAAAGGAAUGGAGGGUUAUGGGCUGAGUACAGGCCAGUGGGACUAGGUGAGUGUAAGCGUCGGCAUGGACUAGAAGAGCCGAGAUGGCCUGUUUCUGUGCUGUAAUUGUUAUAUGGUUACACUUGAUGUUCUGAGAAACACAUCUGGUGCUCUGUAGCUCUUGUUGCAAGGACCAGUUUGGAUUCAUCUCCUAGAAUUCUAUAGUCAGGCUUUACUGGUACUGGAUACAGAUCCCCUCUGCUUAACAACUGUUCCCUUAGCAGACCUUUGCUAAGCAUUCUAAAGGGAGAGGGCAAGAGUUGUGGGAAUUAAAAAAAAAGGCAACUAAAGAAGCCAUAAAGAAAAGCAAUAAAUAGGUAUAUUUAAUGUCAGAAAUGUAUACAAUGUACAUCCUACAAAGAUUUUUCUGUCUAUCAAAUAUACAAGGAGUAAAAGAUGCUGGAGAGACAGCAAUGACAUCGAACUUAAUAGUAUUUUGUGUCAGUCUUCACAGUGGAAUACCCCAGCAGAAUGCCGGAAGUGAGUGUCGCUACUAUUACUAAGAAGGUGUAUGGGGAAAAUGAAAAGUGUGAAGGUAGUCAAGUGACCUGAAUCAUGUGGACUAUACCCCAGGGUUGUGAAGGAGGUAGCCGAGGAGAUAGUGGAGGUAUUAUGAUCUUUCAAGAAUCACUAGAUUCUGGAAUGAUUCCGAAUGACUGGAAAAUUACAAAUGUCCCCCCACUCUUCGAGGAAGGUAGGUAGAAGAAAAUAAAUUAUAGUCCAGUUAGCCUGACCUCAUGUUAAGAGUUGGUUGUUAAGGAUGAGGUUUCAGGGUACUUGGAAGAACAUGAUUAAAAAAAGGCCAAAGUUAGCAUGAUUUUCUAAAGGGGAAAAUCAUGCCUCACAAUCCCAUCAGGGGCCAUAAUUAAUUAUAGCAUUGGAGAACCAGUUACAAAAGGGUUCAAAUCCAAUUAAAAUAAUGAAAGCUGCCUGAACACCAAAGAUUAAAUUACAAAAUAAGCUUGUAUCUUUACAUUUCUCUAAGGAUACUGCCAGACUUGCCGAGUGCUCUCAGCAUUUGCUUGGAAAUCCUUUGAAUUUGGAUUAAAGUUUGAUACACAACAGGUGCAGGAAUUCAGUGGGUUGAGCAGCAUCUGAGAGGAAAGGAAUUGAUGUUUUGUGACUGAUGCAGGGUUUUGACCUGAAACAACAUCUAUUCUUUUUCGUCCCUCACAGGUGUUGUAUGGGUCAAGUGUUGAUUUGUCCAGAAAUUAAGAAACUGUUGGAGUGGGCAAAAUACAUUUCUGCUUAGCACUAAGGAAAUAGAGAGGUGGGAGUGGUAUAAAAUAUAAAACAAGUACAGAGUGGUAGAAAUUUUUUAGUUUUUGGUGAAAAGCAAUUGAUGCUGGUGUAACAACUCUUAAAAUCUGACAAUUUUGAAAACUCAAUGCUUUGUGAGAUAGACACCUUCUCCCAGAACAACAUCCCAAUUGAUGAGGCUUUAAGAUACCUAUAUUGGCCAAACACAUUGUUACCAUGCCCAAGAUUCAAACAGAUUCUGAGCUCCGUAAAGCAAAAAUAACAGUUGGACAGGUUAGUGGAUGUGUUCAAAGGCCACUUGAAGUCCAACAUCCCUAUUGAUUCCUGAGAGCUUCUGGCCCACGAUUACUUGAAGUGAGGUAGUAGUAUUCAGGAUUGUAUUGAAGAGCACAUUGUAUUGUAGCAGUUAUCACAAUGCUUUACAGCACUGGUGAUCAGGGUUCAAUUCCCACCACUGUCUGUAAGGAGUCUGUACAUUCUCCACGUGACCGUGUGGGUUUCCUCCGGGUGCUCCAGUUUCCUCCCAGAUAUCCAAAAUGUUGGGGUCAUGGUUAGUAAGUAGUGGACAUGUUGUUGGCACCAGAAGCGUGGUGACACUUGCAGGCUGUCCCCAGUAAUCCUCUAACUGUUCAUGUAUGAUGUAGAUGAAUUUCACUACUGUAUGUUUCAAAGAUAUAACAAAUAAAGCUAAUCUAUAGUUCCCACAUUAGCCUCAUCAGCCAUGACAGAAGCUUAAAAACUCAGUGAAUAAGUCAGCC